UUAAAAAGUAAAACCGGUGGCCGCUAUAACGUUGCUACCCGAUGUGUGCCUGAAGUUAGCAUUACAUCACCAUCUGGCAAUAAAAAUGUCGAACAAAAUAUAAAUAAAUUCUGUACAAACUAUCCAACUGGCUCUUUAUUAGAAGAGACUACUGGGCCAUUGGAAGUUCCCAUCUCCUGUUCUUCCACAACACCUACAUCAACAUUCUCUCAAAGCGGUUCUACACAGAUCAAUACCCCCACACCGACAACGCCAACUGCUAGAACACCCUCAACAACAACAUCUUUGAAUACAAUAUCAGAUACACCAACAGUGGUAGCGACAUCUAUUGACUACAGUCAUAACUCUACAACAACCCGCAGCUGGCCGGUUAUUUAUAGAAAUCAUCAGAACUAUGAUUAUGAGGCUCUAUUUGCAAUUAAUAAUAACAAUAACAUCAAUAAUUUCAACGAUUCCAUUAUUUAUGCAAGUUCGGAAGAUAUAGCCCAAGAAAAUUGUUUUUAUUUUCAAUCAAACAAACGUCCACUUACUUUAGACACAGGAAACAACGUUGCGGAGACGAUACGACGCGGUAGUAUACUUUUAUGUAAUAGUAGUGGCAAAAUAAUGCCAACGAUAACUCAGCAGCAUGUAGAAAGUCCAACAUCGGUUACAAGUGCUAUAGACAUUGGUGGAAAUGGCACUUGUGAUGGGAGUUGUUGCAAUGGACCACCACCUAUUUUGUUCCUUUUCGUUACAUUACUAAUGACAACUAGCGCCACAGCUAUGCUUUGUGCAGCAAUUAUGACCGAUCAUUGGGAACAUGUGAGAUGGGAUCGGGAGAGACUGGAUCGAUUAUCAAACCACACAGGACUGACUUUGGAUUGGGUAUUAGAUGAAAAGGUGGCUAUACUGCCUCCGAAAGAUCCUAGAAAUAAACGCGACGCUGUAUUUCUAGUUCCAAUGCACGGAGGUAUUUGGACACUUUGCAUUGAUUUGCCCCUUCAAGAAAUGCAUCUCUUAAAACGACAUAGAAAAUUUCCUAAAACUGCAGUUCCUUGUGUUAAUUACUUAGCUGGAUCGAUGGACAGUGCUCGCAGUGAAGAGACACGAAAUGAUUGGCAACAUACUGAGUUCCAGACAUCAUUGCAGCCUCAUUUAAGAAUGCAAAACUUGUCGAUAUCCUGCUCGUUAGUAUGCCUUAUUAUUUUGGGCAGUGCCGCAUUAGUAGGAGCCUUUGGGGUUUGCCAACGUCAGAUAAGUGCAAUUUUAAUAACCGGAGUUAUGUAUCUUUUAGCAGGUGGAAAUCAAAGAGAUCUUGCUCGUGCGAAAAACAUGAAAAAGAAAGAGGAACUGACCAGAGGCAAGCGAACAGAUAAUUUGACAGUUGAACAACGCAAACAGAGGGAUGCAGAUUUAAUUCGAGAAAAACAACGAAAAAAGGAAGAAGAAGAAGCAGCUCGUAAAGUUCCAGCCGCCAAAUAGCCUGUUUGUUUGCUGCCCAAAAAAACACAUUACAUAAAUAAACAUACUUUUACCUGACUAACAUUUAGAUAGCCAAACAAAUUAUUGUUUGUGUGUUAAAUAUUAAAAUUAAAAGUGAAAUAAUGUAAAAUUUCAAGGGCAAGCAAAGAACGAUGAUAUAACAUAAUAAUUUUAAAAUAUAAGCUUAUUAAAACAAAAAUUAAGAAAAAGAAAACUUUUCGAAAUUAAUCUUUUAUUGAUUUUUUUUUUUGUUUUUAUUUUCAUUUAGUUUAUGAGUUCAAAAUAUCUAAUGUUGACAUAAGUGAUAAAAUUUAACGUAAAAUAACCAACGCUAAUCUCUAAAUCUGUUGAUUCCCUACGAGAAGAAACGAAUAACUCGGUUGAGAAUAUUAUGUCUGUAAUUAAACUCUUUUCGAACCUCGAUAAUCACUUUCAAGACCCUCGCCAAGCAAUAAAAAUCUGAAUAUAGUUUAAAUGAAAUGAGUAAUAAUAUUGCACCUUCACGAAUUUCAAUCGGUGAAAUUUUCCAUGAACUAAAAACCAUAAUUUUCCAAAACCGAUGACAUUCCUACUCAAAUCCAACAUUCAACAUCAAUCUUCAAAAUAUCUGUUCAACCCAUAAUUUAAUCUAAUCGAGUUGCAAUGGAUUGAAACUUCUAACAACACCUGGUUCCAGCUGCAAAAUACUCUAAAAUAACAAAAGUUAAUUGG